AAACCUGAUUUCGACCGGUAUCAGACCGGUAAGUUGAAGUUGGACGGUCGCCUUGAAAUUCGCCAAUCAUCAUCGGCCAUGGUGGCCAACACACGCUGGCGCAUGGUGUUAAGCCUGAUGAACGGGACGGUCGCGAGCGUCGACGCGUUGCACCUCGUGAUCCUGGCCAAUGUGGACACCACUAAAGCGUCGACGUCGCAGACCACGCAGCGCCAACUCGGGCUGCUGGUGCUCAGUUUCUCCAUGCUGCUGUCGCUCUCGUGUGUUCUCAGUGUUUGGCUGAUCCCGAAGCGCAGUGUGGGUUGCUCAAUGGUCGUGAACGCUCUGGUAUUCCUGCUUCAUGCACUGGUAUUCCUGCCUCUCAGUGUUAUGAUCCUGAUAGACGGGCAUCGAGUACUCGGUCUGAUAGAGCUGGCAUUCGUUGUGGCGAUGGUGGCAGGGUGCGUCUCUUGUCGGAUCUACAGUGUCAGAAUGCGAGACGAAGUGGACCGUAAUGAUGCGUUGGAGAUAUCUUACGAGCAGCUGAAGAUGGAGCAAGUAGCGGCUUCUGUAGCCGCAGGAUGUUGAUGGAGAAACGCUUUUUCUUUUUAAAAAAAUCUGUAUGCGAGGUUGUAGCCUCCCGAGCAUCAGUGCAGUGUAUCUGUUGCAGCCGACAGGCUCUCAAUUACAACUUCUCGUUCAUGUACGGUUAUGGCGAUUUUUCCAUGUAAAUUAAGAGCAAACCCAACGUUUAUCUGGGCGUUUACGAAUAACCGUGAAACGAUUGACUCGUCAACCAAAUCAGUUGGUUUUGGGGCUGCCUGUAGAUUUUUUUGUUUUUGUAGCGACGUCUAAACGGACGUGAGAUGCUUGCCAUUCAAACUCAACUAGGGCCUGUUGCGUC